AUGAGCGGCCUCGCGACCAAACAACAGUCGCUGAAGAUCUUCGAUAAACUGAAAACCAAGCAGGCAAAUAAGAUUUGCUUCGACUGUGGUCAGAAGAACCCUACGUGGACAUCGGUACCUUUCGGUAUCUACCUGUGCCUCGACUGUUCUUCUAACCAUCGCAACUUGGGUGUCCAUAUCUCCUUUGUGCGAUCUACCAACCUCGACCAGUGGCAAUGGGAACAGCUCCGAGUGAUGAAAGUCGGUGGCAACGAGUCUGCCACCAAGUUUUUCCAGCAGAACGGAGGCACUGCUGCCCUGAACAGCAAAGACCCCAAGACCAAGUACCAAUCUAACGCGGCAACAAAGUACAAGGAGGAGCUCAAGAGACGGGCUGCUCGAGAUGCUCAAGAGUAUCCUACUGAGGUCGUGGUUGACGGUGUCGAUGCGGACGGCUCUUCUACUCCCGCCGGCGAGCCUGAAGACGACUUCUUCUCAUCUUGGGACAAACCCGCGAUCAAGCGACCUACACCCCCUAUUUCACGGACUGGAACCCCGACGGGCCGAACCCCUUCCCCCUUCCUCAGCGCCGGCAAUGGCAAGGAUGUAACUCGGUCAGCCUCACCGCUAUCCAAGACUGAUCCUACGGAUAAGCCACCUGCCAGCCGUAUCACGACAUCCGCUGCACUGCGAAAGACUGGCACCGCUGGAGCACCUCGCAAGGCCAAUGUUCUUGGGGCAAAGAAGCCUGCCAAGUUGGGCGUUAAGAAGGUCCCCGCCGACCUGAUUGACUUCGACGAGGCCGAAAAGCGAGCCAAGGAGGAAGCCGAACGAAUCGCGAAGCUUGGAUACGAUCCCGACGCUGUAGAGGAUCCAACUCUCAAGGAGGGACAAUCCGGCGCCACCAUUCUGUCGCCAACACCUGUUAGCCCUCCUCCUGCCGGACCUACAAGCCCCCAUACCCGCAACAAGUCGAACGCGGAGGUCGAACGUUUGGGUAUGGGUUUCGGAAGACUCGGAUUCGGCCAGAUUGGCGGCAACAAAGCUGCCGCUGCCCCAGUAAAGAAGAAUGCUGGUGGAUUCGGCUCCGUGGGACCAGUCAAGGCCGCUGCUGAAGAUGAAUCUGAUAAUUUUGCCCGAACCAAGUUUGGUGCUCAGAAGGGUAUCUCUUCUGACGAGUACUUUGGCCGUGGUAACUACGAUUCCAACGCCCAAACUGAAGCCAAGAACCGCCUACAAGGCUUCGAGGGUGCCACCUCCAUCUCCUCCAAUGCCUACUUCGGCCGCCCGGAGGAUGAGCCGGCAGAUGACUAUGGUGAUCUCGAGACUGCCGCCAAGGAUUUCAUCCGACAGUUCGGUAUUACAGCCGGCGAUGACCUGGAGAACAUCACCGCAUCGCUCGGUGAGGGUGCCACUCGGCUUCAAGGCGCCAUCCGCGCCUACCUCGGAAGCUAA